AUGAUUAGGAGACGAAAUAUUACAGAGAUCACCCACUUCAUCCUGUUGGGGUUCUCCGAUUUUCCCAGAAUCAAAGCAGUGCUCUUUUUUGUGUUCCUGGUGAUCUACGUUAUAACUCUGACUUGGAACCUGAGCCUCAUCAUCUUAAUAAGGAUGGAUUCCCACCUCCACACACCCAUGUACUUCUUCCUCAGCAACCUGUCCUUCCUAGACAUCUGCUAUGUGACCUCCACAGCCCCCAAGAUGCUCUCUGACUUCUUCCAAGAACAGCAUAUUAUCACCCUAGUGGGUUGUGCUGUUCAGUACUUCUUCUUUUCAGCCAUGGGACUGACCGAGACUUGUCUCAUGACUGCCAUGGCUUAUGACCGCUAUGCUGCCAUUUGUAAUCCACUUCUCUCCAUCAUGAAGAUCACUACAGCUAAAGGCAGGUCCAAGGCUUUCAACACCUGUGCUUCUCACCUGACAGUAGUUUCCCUCUUCUAUACCUCAAGUAGCUUUGUCUAUUUGAGUUCCAGCUCUGGCGGUCCUUCCAAUUUCGACAGAUUUGCAUCGGUCUUCUACACAGUGGUGAUUCCCAUGUUGAACCCAUUGAUUUACAGUCUGAGGAACAAGGAAAUCAAAGAUGCCUUGAAGAGGUUGCAGAAGAAGGGAGGGUAUUGCUGA